AUGGUUGAUAGCAAGCAUCAAUCAUCUCAUCUCAGUCCUUAUGAGAAAAUGAUAUUGAAAAACAAGCAAGAAAAAAUGAAAUUUUUGCAAAGUCUCAAGAUUGAUGAGGCAAAAGAAGACUUUACUAGUUCUGUUCGGAAAAUUAAGCCUGUCAGAAAACCUGUCAAAAGAGUGAACAAAAAAUUCAAGCCUACCUUUACUCCUAUACGUAAAAGUCGACGCCUUGCUAAGUUGGAUGUUGAUUUAUCAGAAGAUGCACUUUAUUAUAACGCUGUCAACAAGGGCAAAAGCAGAGGAAGAGAUUUAAAGUUGAGUGAAGAUAACAUUGCAAAAGUAGUUCCUGCUCGGAUUUCUUCCAUGGACAUUCAUCCUCAUCCCCAGAAUGUAAUUGUCUGUGCAGGGAGCAAGUAUGGGUCCAUGGGCUUCUGGAAUGUAUUGGCAGACUCUGAACCUUUCUUAUGUCAUACUCAUUCUGAAGGUAUAACUAAUGUAAAAUUUAAUCCAUUUGAUGCAAGCAAAUUGAUAAGCUCCAGUUAUGAUUGUACUUUGCGUUGUGGUGACAUGGAGAAAGAAAUGUUUGAAGAGGUACACGUUAAUGAAACAUCUUUGACUUACUUUGACUUUUUGUCUGCACCAGUUUUUAUUGUUUCUCAACAAAAUGGAAAAGUUUCAAUUGUGGAUACAAGAUCAAGUCGUAAACAUGCCGUAAGUCACUCAUGUCAUGACAACAAAGUUAAAACUGUUAGUGUUCAUCCCUUAGAAAGAAGCUAUUUUGUUACCUCUGAUACAAAAGGCAUGAUUCGUGUAUGGGACCUGAGAAAAUUGCAGAAGCUACCUAUAGCAACUAAUAAGCCACAUAAGCGGUCAAUAAACUCAGCCUUUUUUUCUCCUGUAACAGGAAAAAAUAUACUUAGCACUUCAUUUGAUGAUACUCUUGCCAUUCUUGAUAGCAGUAUUAUAUCCAAAGAUAUCAAGCUCAAAACUGCAUGCAGGCAUAAUAACUUUACUGGCAGGUGGUUAACACCGUUUCGAGCUACCUGGCUCCCUAACAGUGAUGAACAUUUUGUCAUUGGAGGCAUGGGUUAUCCAAGAAAAAUAGAAGUCUUUGAUCAUGACUUAAAUCAUGCUCAUAAGUUCAUUGAUGAAAACUUGAAUUCCAUAUGUAGUGUAAAUGUGUUUCAUCCUAAUAGGCCUGUUCUAGCUGGCGGGAACUCAUCUGGGAAAGUAUAUGUAUAUAUGAAUUGAGUACUAAAUACAAUUUUCAUUUCAGCAUUCAUCUUAAACUUAACCUGUGUCAAGGCAACUUACUAUUUCCAUUCCACUUUUAUUAGCUUUAAAAUGUUUAUUUAAAAAUUUUAUGUCCGAGUUUUUAAUUCAUUUUAUGUGUAAAACCUUUAACUUUAUUUCCAUUGUAUAUAAGUUAUUUUUUUUUAUGAGUUUGACAUUGCAUUCAACCUUUCACUUAUAUAAGAUAAGAUUGGGUUCCACAAAAAUGUUAUGUGAUUUGAAAUUGUGCAAUUUAUGUUUUAUCCUUCACAAAUUUUGUAUUUUAAAAAUACACUUGGUAUUGUUUUAAGUAAAACAUAAUAUGUGUAUAAGCAAAUAAAAGUAUUCUCUUUGUA